CCCGGUGAUAUUUUUGAGUCCCACACCAACGUAGUUCCUCCACUUCCUUUCCACGACAGAAAGAACGCGGGGAAAUUUGACAGUCACCGACUAUUGCUACACAAAGUUAGAUAGGUGUUGUCUUGUUUUGUACAUAGCUUUAUUUCUUGAAGGGCUUUAUUCGUUCAGUUAUUGUCGCUCUAACCUGUCGUCUGACCGGAAAUGAGGACUUUAGAGGAGGUUCAGGCCACUCUGCAGAUCGCCAAACUGCAGGACGAAGAGCUGCAGAAAACCAUUCACUGUCUCUCUUUCGGGGAAAACGUUUCCUCUGCAGACUACUGCCUCUUGGAGCUGGACGACACCCUGUGCAAACUCAUAGAAGCAGGGGAAAGUUUAGUGAUAAGAGGGGAUACGGAUGAACAUGCAGUGCUCUGUACAAAAGACAGGACCUACGAUCUUAAAAUCGCCGACACAUCCAACAUGCUGAUGUUUGUACCAGACUGCCGAACACCAGACCAACUCACUAACAGUCAGGAAAACUCUCACAUUGUGCACACUCAGAUCUGGGGAUUUAGUAACAGCUACUGGGAGCUGAGGAAGCAGCGGCCUAAGCUGAAGAAACUGAAGAAGGUCUUAAUGGAGAAUCCUUACGAAGGACCUGCUUUAGGGGGGAAGGAGGAGGACACCGAAAACAGGUACACAAUGGAGGAUCUGUUGGAGAGCAUCCAGGCCAGUGAAGAGGAGCUGAAGACCAGUUUAGAAGCCGUCCACGCCUGUCAGAUAGAUGGUUACUGGCGGAUGCUGGACUUUGACUACGAGAUGAAGCUGCUCGGUCAUGUGACCCAGCUGGUAGAUUCUGAGUCCUGGGCCUUCAACAGGGUUCCCCUGCAGACCUGUCUGGAAGAGUUAGCUCCACUGGAGCCCGAACAGAUGAUAGAGCACUGUUUGAACUGCUAUGGGAAGCGCUAUUCUGAAAACGAUGACGUUUUGUAUGCCCUGGAUGAGGAUAGAGUAUGUCGGGGCAUGGCGCUGAUGCUGCUGCAGAACGCCGUCAAGUUCAACCUGAGGGAGUUUCAGGAAGUCUGGCAGCAGAGCGUCCCAGAGGGCAUGAGCACGAGACUGGACCAGCUAAAGAGCGUGGCCCUGGUGGACCGUAGCUCCCGCCCAGAGACCAUCAACCUGCUGCGGGUGGAGGAUCUCUCCGAGGACACGCUGGAGCGCUUCAACCAGCUCUUCACACUCCGAGAGAAAUGGACAGAAGACGACAUCACACCAUACAUAAAGGACCUGUGUGGAGAGAAGCAGAGCACCGGAGCUCUCCUCACCAAACACGCUCGCUCCUCCAUGCAGAACGGGAUCAAGGUCUUCAACUCCAGGAGGCCUGUAGCUACAUGAUCUCAUGUCAAUUAAUGCAAAUCAUUUAGUAAAUGAAUGCAGUUAUGUUUGUUGCCAUGGUAAUGUUUGUAUUUGUCAAAAACAUUUGACUAAUAAUUGUUCUUCUUUAAAUGCCUUGGUAGCAAUGUCAAUAAUUAAACAGCAGUUUAACAAGUUGUCAAGUGUAUGAAAAAUAAACUGUUAAAAUGUGUGUUGUGUACAAAAUAAAAAAAUCCUAGUUUUGGCGAAUAUUUUCCCUUUCUUUGUAUUGUUGUUAAUAAACCCUUGUUGGACAAACGAGGAAUGGAAUAAAAAAAUAUUAAAUUACA